AUGCUAUCCAUAGGGAUUACAAGUGAAGAUUCACAACAGCCAGUUGAACAAGCCAAUGACUACGUACUGAGUUCUGCUUCAUUCAUUGAGUCGCAUUACAUUGCUAUUGUGCUGUGUAUUGUGAUAUUUGGUGUAGGAUUUCAUCUUCGCCACAAAAUAGGAGAGUUGCUCGAUAGGUAUAGAACUAGACGAAGAAUCCUGCAAGGAUAUUACCAAAACUUGGGCACAUUUGAAGGGGAUAUCAAUGAUGGUUUGAGCAGCCUGAAUUUUGAUUUGGAAGCAAACAAUUCCAAUGAUUCAAGAAAGGGGUUGAGUGAAGCAGCAAAGGAAGAGGUCAAGAAAAUCAUGAAUACCAAAGGCAUUAGCUUUGAUGAAGCCCGAUUGGAGUAUACGAGGAGCGAGUUGAACAAAAAUAAUAUUGAUGAGAAUGGGUUACCGAAAGAUCCUAAAUUAGUAGUGUUUUGA